AGUGCUGAGCACAAUGGCGGCGUGCCGGGGAUCUGGUUCGAGAUGGUUCUUCACCCGGGAGCAGCUCGAAAACACGCCGUCCCGCCGCUGUGGGGUCGAGCCGGACAGGGAGCUAUCCUACCGACAGCAGGCGGCCAACCUUAUUCAAGAUAUGGGCCAGAGACUCAACGUCUCCCAGCUGACAAUAAACACUGCGAUUGUUUACAUGCAUCGGUUUUAUAUGUACCAUUCGUUCACCAAAUUCCACAGAAAUAUCAUUUCUCCAACGACCUUAUUCCUGGCUGCAAAGGUUGAGGAGCAACCGCGGAAACUUGAACAUGUCAUUAAAGUUGCACAUGCCUGUCUAAACCCCCAAGAAUCCCCGCUAGACACAAAGAGUAAUGCAUACCUCCAGCAAGCUCAAGAGCUGGUGAUACUUGAAACCAUAGUGCUGCAGACUUUAGGGUUUGAAAUAACAAUUGAACAUCCACACACUGAUGUGGUGAAGUGUUCCCAGCUAGUACGAGCAAGCAAGGAUUUGGCACAGACUUCCUAUUUCAUGGCUACCAACAGCCUGCACCUCACCACCUUCUGCCUGCAGCACAAGCCCACGGUCAUCGCCUGCGUGUGCAUUCACCUGGCGUGCAAGUGGUCCAACUGGGAGAUCCCCGUCUCCACAGACGGGAAGCACUGGUGGGAGUACGUGGACCCGUCCGUCACGCUCGAGCUGCUCGACGAGCUGACCCACGAGUUCCUUCAGAUUCUGGAGAAGACGCCCAGCAGGUUGAAACGGAUAAGGAACUGGAGGGCCACACAAGCUGCCAAGAAGCCCAAGACUGAUGGCCAGAGCGUGGAGCCCUCCUUCCCCGGCCCCUCCUUGGUGCAGGGCCCUUCCCUGGCGGACAGCAUUCCCGGAGUCUCGAACGCAGCGUUCCCCAAAGCCCCCACGUCCUUCCCCGUCAUCCUGCCCUCGAACGCCCUUUCCCUGGAGAGCAUCGCCAACAUGCAGGGCUCCUCCUACACCUUCACUGCCUCCAACGACUGGCCCCAGGACCAGGGACAGUCCGAGCCGUUCUCCCUCAAACCGGACGCCCUGAGCAUCCAGCAGGGGGCGCCACUGCCAGUACACGCCUCCCUGCAGCACCGGCCUGAGAAGGGUAGCGAGUUUACCCCGGGCAAACACGAACACAAAGCAGGGGGAGGGGCCAAGCACCAGCCGCCCGUCUACCCCUCGCCCAUCGCCCCCACCCAGAAAAUGUCGCUGGACAAAUACAGAGAGAAGCACGCCGCCGAGUUGGCGGGGCAGAAGCGCAGGCAGGAGCAGAACCAGGAGACGGAGGCCCGGGACACGUACGGCGCCCCCGCCGUGUCGGACCAGUCAUACCCCAGGAAGCACCCGCAGCAGGCCCAGCGCAGCUUCAACUCGGCCACCUCCCCGCUGAAGGUGAAGCUGCCCCUGCCGACCGGCGACAAGCACGCCGGGGACAAGCGUGACAAGGCGGCCUCCCUGAAGCUCCGCCUCCCCGUCCCGCCCGCGGAGAAGGGCGCCAGCAAGGAGGAGCUGAAGAUGAAGAUCAAGGUCUCCUCGGAGCGCCACAGCUCCUCGGACGAGGGCGGAGCCAAGAUCAAACAUUCCGGCAGCCCGCUGGUGAGCAAGGAGAAGCACAGGGACCACCCGGCCCACGCUCACCGGCACCACAAGCACGGCCACGCCCACCCCAACCCCCUCCCCCACAGCGGGAACGGCCGGGGGGAGGGGCCGGCGGCGGGGGGUGCGGCGGCGGCCCUCAGGCCCCCGCUCGGUGGUGCAGGCAGCGAGGGCGUCGGCCCCAGCUCCAGCUCCUCCCGGAAGAGGGCGCACCCCGACGCCAGUCACAACCACCACUCCAAAUGGAGCAAAAGUUCCAAAAGCGCAGGUAGUGCCUCUCAUUGUUCCUCUGUAAAGCAGUGUGUGUCCUCUCACGGCUCUGAUCUUAACCCCCCCUUCCCCCCUCCUCCCCCUGUCACAUACCAGGUGGGCUACGGACAUCUCAGCACCCUAGUGAAACUGGACAGGAAGCCAGGGGAGAGCCGCGGCCCGGGCGCUAACGCCAACGGCCAGCACACAGACUACAAAGACACUUUCGACAUGCUCGAUUCGCUGUUAAGUGCCCAAGGAAUGAACUCGUAAAACAAAAACAAAGAAAGAAACUAAAAUUGGAGGAAUGAACAUGGGGAUGAACGCAAUACGGAAUCUUAAACAAGAAACAGACCAGCGGGAAAUGCUUAGAUCCUGAGUUAACAAAAUAUUUAAAAAGAACUGUGGAAAAAUACAGAUGCUUCCCAGCCCUUUGGUCUUACGGCACGGUCCUGCCUGUUUCAGUCCACCUAUACUGCUGCUUUGUCCCUUAUACUCUCAGCGGUGGGGGCGG